AUGACGCGGGGUUUGAUCACUCUUACCGAUCCUAGCUAUGACCCUCAUCCAUGGCAUAGUGUUAUGCUCUUCUGGGGAGUCAUCUUAUUCGGCGUCUCGGUCAAUACCGUCAUCAGCAGCUGGCUUCCCAAAUUUCAAGGACUGAUACUCAUUCUCCACAUACUCGGCUUCUUUGCUAUUUUACUCCCACUGGUCAUCCAUGGGCCUCAUGCGCAGCCCUCACAAGUGUUCCGAACAUUCAUCAACGGGGGAAACUGGCCUAACGAUGGACUCUCCUUUUUCGUCGGGCUACUGGGUAACGUGUACGCUUUCUUUGGAGCAGACGGAGCGAUCCACUUGUCCGAAGAGAUCCAAAAUGCCGCGGUCGUUGUACCGAAGGCGAUUGUGUUCAGCAUCGUCUUGAAUGGCUUGCUAGGGUUCGGCAUCGCGCUCGCACUACUCUUUUGCAUUGGUGAUAUCGACGCUGCUCUCCAUACAAACACUGGUUACCUCUUUAUUGAGAUCUUCAACCAGGCCGUUUAA